AUGCCAACCAGAUUAACCAAAACCAGAAAGCACAGAGGUCACGUUUCCGGUAUGUACUAGUUCACUGUAAUGAUUGAGGUAGAAACAGAGAAUAUGGAAGACUUGGAAUGAAGAAGGAAGGGAAAUUUGAGAUGAAAAUGGAUGUCAAGACCCACGUAGAUUAGAAAAAUGAUAUAUCAAAGAGAAUAGAAGAUACGCAUACAUUGAGUGCAGCGUUGAAGAUGAAAGUAGAGUCGGAGAAGAAAUUUGAAAAUUUUUUUACUAGUGGACAUAAUUAAGAAAAACAUCCAGACAUGAAGAAUAGAAGUGUUAUAGAGUAGCCAGGACAUAUAUUUGGCUGUUUCUACCGACAACAAUGGAGAAUUCGUAAUACUAACAUAUUUUUAGCCGGUAAGGGUAGAAUUGGUAAGCACAGAAAGAAUCCAGGUGGUCGUGGUAUGGCUGGUGGUCAACAUCACCACAGAACCAACUUAGAUAAAUACCAUCCAGGUUACUUCGGUAAGGUUGGUAUGAGAUACUUCCACAAACAAAGAAACCACUUCUGGAAGCCAGAAAUCAACUUAGACAAAUUAUGGACUUUAGUUGAUGAAGACAAGAAGGACGAAUACUUAAAGUCUUCCUCUGCUUCCGCUGCUCCAGUCAUUGACACCUUAGCCCACGGUUACGGUAAGGUCUUAGGUAAGGGUAGAUUACCACAAGUUCCAGUCAUCGUCAAGGCCAGAUUUGUUUCUGAAUUAGCUGAAGAAAAAAUCAGAGCUGUUGGUGGUGUUGUUGAAUUAGUUGCUUAA